CUGGUAAGUUUACUAAAAGUAGAAAAAGACAUAAGAGGGGUUCUUUCCUUUAUGUCUUUUUACUAUAUAUAUAGAGUCCAUCCACUGGCUGGAACUCAAAAGGGAAAGAUAAUACAGUAGCACAAAAGUCUUAACAAAUCAAUGCUUGCUCUUCAUUUCCUUUGCCUGGUCAGCAAAUUGUGUUUUAGCUAGCUAGGGUUUCCUUUGCCAGUCUUAAGUCUUUACUCUUAAUUUAGUCUUGACCGACCAAAUUUGCUUCCUUUUUUGUUCAUCUUUCAGAUCUGAGACAUCGCAAAAAGCCGAGAUUUUUGACUUGAAAUUGAACAGACGAUUAAGUUGUCUCAAAAAUGGUGAGGGGAAAAACUCAGAUAAAAAGGAUUGAAAAUGCAACAAGCAGACAAGUGACUUUCUCUAAAAGGAGAAGUGGGCUUCUUAAGAAGGCAUUUGAGCUCUCAGUUUUGUGUGAUGCAGAAGUUAGCCUUAUGGUUUUUUCUCAAAAAGGAAAGCUUUAUGAGUUCUCAAGUUCCAGUACUAACAAGACAAUAGAACGUUAUCAGAAGAAUGACAAGAAUUUGAGACAUGAGAAAAUAUUACUUGAACAGACUACAGAGCAUUUGAAAGAGGAAGUUGCUACUAUGAGUAGGAAGCUGGAGCUUCUUGAAAACUCUAAAAGAAGGAUUUUAGGAGAAGAUUUAGAUUCUUGCUCCAUUGAUGAACUGGAAAAGGUAGAAGAACAGUUAGAGCGAAGUUUAAGAAACAUUAGGGCAAGAAAGAACCAGCUAUUCAGGGAACAGAUUGCUCUUCUAAAGGACGAGGAAAAAGUCCUAAUGGAGGAAAAUGCAGAAUUGCGGAAAGAGGUGAGUUACUACUUCAAUUUCAACGCCCUUAAUAUACAUAUCUGUUAUUUCAUUGGUUCAAUUUGCUUAACAUAGUUUGACUCGACGCAAAAUUUAAGAAAGAUUUUUUUUUAAAAAAUUGUGAUUUUAAACAUGUCA